AUGACUGAUUUCACAGAGGCAAAUCGGAAAUACUUCGACCAGCUGGCAGUCAGCUAUCAAGAUCGGUUUGCCGACUCGAUGAAAAUGCUUUCGGAGCAGACUUUGCAGAACAGACUCUGGAUCAGUGAUCAAUGGAAAGACACUGUCAGCCAAGAUCAAGACAUCAGAAUGCUCGAGUACGCUUGUGGCCCAGGGAUGAUUUCGAUGACCCUAGCACCCUUCUUGACUCAAGUUAUCGGCAUUGAUGUCUCCGAUAACAUGGUGGAACAAUUCAACCAUAAUUCUGGCCUUCUUGGCCUUACAGACAAGGUGAUUGGCCACACAGCUGAUCUUCUCGCUGAGAAUAUCCCCGUCGAAUUUUCUGGGCCACCGUAUAAAGAUCUGGAUUUGGUCACCAUCAGCAUGGCAUUACACCACUUUGAGAACCCGGCCAAUGCUUUGCAGCAACUGGGAGGGCGACUGAAGAAGGGCGGUGUCUGCUAUAUCAUUGACUUGGUUUCACACUCCGGGCAUGGCCACGGUAAUGGAGGAGACAAGCAUGAUUUUGGUAAUGCUGCUCAUACCGUCAAGUCCCACGGGUUUUCUCAAGAAAAUAUGCAGGAGCUUUUCCAGGGAGCUGGAUUCGGCGCUGUCGGAUACAAGAUCCUCGAUCAGCCGUUGGUAUUCAGUAGGGAUGGGAAGAAUAUCUCUAAGACGGUUUUCAUUGCUCGUGCCCAACGAGUAUGA